UCAGAAUAAGAUGCUUGACCAGUGUUUUGAGUUUGUGAGAGAAGUGAAGCCGUUAUCUCUGCGAGACAUCAUUGCCCCACUGGCAUCUGUUUGGGCCGCCAGUCCUCAAAGGGUUAUAUCUCUUUUGGGCAUCCUUAUGGAAAUGAAUAGAGCUACUCUUAAUGAGGGAGAGCUGGAGCCAGAUUGGGGUGGGCAGUUCGUCAUAGACUUGUUGAAUUCAAGAGCUGGACUUAGUGUCAAUCAGAUUCGUCCUCUCUUUGAGGAAUUACAGAAGCACAAGAUUAGGGUUUCUGAAAGUGCAGUGGAUAUUAUGAUGACCAGGACCAACAAGGUAAUCCAGCAAGCCAUUCGAGACAACCUCGGGCUCGUCUUCGAUCCUUCGGUAGGGCAGCCUCCGAAGGAAGAAGAGUAUAAUCUCCUUCCACAUCCUAACAAAAUGAAUGUCGAGGAAUUGGAGUGCCAUCUUGUGGAACUGCGUGCCAAAGGCCUGAAUACAAGGGGAACUUUGCGAAGGCUGCUCAUCAUGCAUGCAUCGAACAACAAUACUCAACGUGUUCUUGCACUCAUUAAGGAAGCAGAGGCAGGUGAAGUCAGUCUCAGUGGUGGUAUGAUGUCAAGUAUCAUGACCACCAUGACAGAGAGUGGCAGUGCAGACAGUGCUUUGGCUGUAUAUAAUGAAAUGCAAACAAAAUACCCCUUAUUUAAUGUGGACUCUUAUAAGGUUAUUGAUCUGUGCACACUCUUGGUGAAAAAGAAGAGGACGGAAGAUGCAGUUAAUAUCCUGGAAAGAUAUUUAGAACAGUAUUCAAAACCACACGUUAAAAAAGCUGUCAAAAGAAAUUGCUGGAAUCUUUUAAUGGCAGCAGCAGAAAAUCAGGAUCAUACAAAUACAAAAAGAAUAUUUGAUAUUCUUCAGACAAAUGAUGUAAUAACUGUAGAUACAGUUAUAGCAGGACCAUUGAUAAAAACAAGACUUAAUAGUGGUGAUUUAGCAGGGGCAGUGAAGGAGGCUGAAUAUAUCUGGAAAGAGCACAAGUGUCUACCAAUGAGGAUUGAAAUUCUUGUCCAGUUGACUCUGCUUUCGAAGCAAGGUGGUACGAGGUAUAUAUGUAGGUAUGGCAGUUUGAUUCAGGGAAAUGGAGUUAACUGA